AUGCCAGGACUCUCCAGGUUCCACUUAGACACCAGCGCCCCCCACAGCAGGAGGCCCUGUCACCAAUGGCUAGGGUCCUGGGCCUCCUUGCAGAAGACCGUGGUCAUCCUGUGCCUGCUACUCUCCAGUACCUCCCUGUCCCCCACACACGCGCAGACCAAGAUUCCUCUGGAAACAGUGAAGCUGUGGGCAGACACCUUCGGCAGGGACCUAUAUGACACGGUGACCAAAUACUCGGGCUCUCUCUUGCUGCAGAAGAAAUACAAGGAUGUGGAGUCCAGUCUGAGGAUCAAGGAGGUGGAUGGCUUGGAGCUGGUGAGGAAGUUCUCAGAGGACAUGGAAACCAUGCUACGCAGGAAGGUGGAGGCUGUCAAGAAUCUGGUAGAGGCUGCUGAGGAGGCUGACCUGAACCAUGAAUUCAAUGAAUCGCUGGUGUUUAACUAUUACAACUCUGUCCUGAUCAACGAGAGGGAUGAGAAUGGCAAUUACGUGGAGCUGGGGGCUGAGUUUGUCCUUGAAUCCAAUGCGCACUUCAGCAACCUGAUGGUGAACACCUCCAUCAGCAGCGUGCAGCUGCCCACGAACGUGUACAACAAAGACCCAGAUAUUUUAAAUGGAGUCUACAUGUCUGAAGCUUUGAACACUGUUUUUGUGGAGAAUUUCCAAAGAGACCCAACACUGACAUGGCAAUAUUUUGGCAGCUCCACUGGAUUCUUCAGGAUCUAUCCAGGCAUCAAAUGGACGCCUGAUGAGAAUGGAGUCAUUGCCUUUGACUGCAGAAAUCGUGGCUGGUAUAUACAAGCUGCUACUUCUCCCAAGGACAUAGUGAUUGUAGUGGAUACGAGUGGCAGCAUGAAGGGGCUGCGGAUGACUAUCGCCAAGCACACCAUCUCCACCAUCCUGGACACACUGGGGGAGAAUGAUUUUGUUAAUAUCAUUGCGUACAGUGACUACAUCCAUUACAUCGAGCCUUGUUUUAAAGGGAUCCUUGUCCAGGCAGAUCGGGACAAUCGCGAGCAUUUCAAACAGCUGGUAGAUGAGCUGAUGGUCAAGGGUGUGGGGGUCGUGAACCAAGCCUUGACUGAAGCCUUCCAGAUCCUGAAGCAGUUCCAAGAGGCCCGGCAAGGAAGCCUCUGCAACCAGGCCAUCAUGCUGAUCACCGAUGGGGCUGUGGAAGACUAUGAGCCAGUAUUUGAGAAGUACAACUGGCCUGACCGCAAGGUUCGAGUUUUCACUUAUCUGAUUGGAAGAGAAGUGACUUUUGCUGACCGCAUGAAGUGGAUUGCAUGCAACAACAAAGGCUACUAUACACAGAUCUCCACACUGGCAGAUGCACAGGAGAACGUGAUGGAGUACCUGCACGUGCUCAGCCGCCCCAUGGUCAUCAACCAUGACCAUGACAUCACCUGGACAGAAGCCUACAUGGACAGCAAGUUAUUCACUUCACAGGCACAGAGCUUGAUGCUCCUCACCACUGUGGCCAUGCCAGUCUUCAGCAAGAAGAAUGAAACGCGAUCCCAUGGCAUUCUUCUGGGUGUGGUGGGCUCUGAUGUGGCCCUGAGAGAGCUGAUGAAACUGGCACCCCGGUACAAGCUCGGAGUGCAUGGAUAUGCCUUUUUGAACACUAACAAUGGCUACAUUCUCUCACAUCCUGACCUCCGACCCCUGUACAGAGAUGGGAAGAAACUCAAACCCAAACCUAACUACAACAGCGUGGAUCUCUCUGAAGUGGAGUGGGAAGACCGAGCUGAAACUCUGAGAACAGCCAUGAUCAAUGGGGAAACAGGGUCUCUCUCUAUGGACGUGAAGGUUCCACUGGACAAAGGGAAGAGAGUUCUUUUCCUGACCAAUGACUACUUCUUCACCGACAUCAGUGACACACCUUUCAGCCUGGGAGUGGUGCUGUCCAGGGGCCAUGGAGAGUACAUCCUCCUGGGGAACACAACUGUGGAAGAAGGCCUGCAUGACUUGCUUCACCCAGAUCUGACCCUAGCCAGUGACUGGAUCUACUGCAUCACAGAUAUCGACCCAGACCAUCGGAAGCUCAGCCAGCUGGAGGCCAUAGUCCGCUUCCUGACAGGGGAGGACCCAGAUCUGGAGUGCGAUGAGGAGCUGGUGCGGGAGGUACUGCUUGAUGCGGUGGUGACGGCCCCCAUGGAAGCCUACUGGACAGCGAUGGCUCUCAACACCUCUGACGAGUCCGAGCAGGUGGUGGACAUGGCAUUCCUGGGCACCCGGGCUGGCCUCCUCAGAAGCAGCUUAUUUGUAGGCUCUGAGAAGGUCUCCGACAAAAAGUUCCUGACUCCUGAGGAUGAAGCCAGCAUAUUCACCAUGGACCACUUCCCUCUGUGGUAUCGACAGGCUGCUGAGCAUCCUGCUGGCAGCUUUGUCUUCAAUCUCCGAUCAGCAGAGGCACCAGAAAGUCCAGGCCAGCCAAUGGUAGUAACAGCGAGCACUGCUGUGGCCGUGACGGUGGACAAGAAGACAGCUAUCGCUGCAGCGGUGGGAGUCCAAAUGAGGCUGGAGUUCCUACAACGCACGUUCUGGGCAGCGACCCGGCAGUGCGGCACUGUGGAGGGGCCAUGCCCAGAGAGCUGCCAGGACAGUCACCUGGACUGCUUCGUCAUCGACAACAACGGGUUCAUCCUGAUCUCAGAGAGGUCCCAGGAGAUGGGAAGAUUCCUGGGGGAGGUGGAUGGCGCUCUCAUGACCCAGCUGCUCAGCAUGGGGGUGUUCAGCCAAGUGACUAUGUAUGACUACCAGGCCAUGUGCAAACCAUCAAAUCACCACCACAGCGCUGCCCGGCCCCUGGUCAGCCCAAUCUCUGCCCUCCUGACUGCUACCAGGUGGCUAGUGAAUGAGCUCUUGCUGCUCCUGCUCGAGUGGAGUGCCUGGGGCUCCUGGCGUGCAGACAGCAAGGCCGAGGCCAAAGCGGUCUUCCAUCAGUCCCACAAGCACAAGAAACAGGACAUGCUGCAGCCCUGUGACACACAGUACCCCGUGUUUGUGCACCAGACAGCCAUCCAGGAGACCAACGGGGCCAUCGAGUGUGGGGCCUGCCAGAAGAUAUUUGUGAUGCAACAGAUUCCCAGUAGUAACCUUCUCCUCCUGGUGACAGACCCCACCUGUGACUGUAGCAUCUUCCCACUAAUCCUGCAGGAGGCUACAGAAGUCAAAUAUAAUGCCUCUGUCAAGUGUGACAGGAUGCGCUCCCAGAAGCUUCGCAGGAGACCAGAUUCCUGCCAUGCCUUCCAUCCAGAGGAAAAUGCCCAGGACUGUGGUGGCACCUCGGACCUCUCAGCCUCGCUCCCCAUGCUCCUGCUGCCUCUGUGUGCCUGGGUCCUUCCACCCCAGUUGCUGCGGUGA